GGGGCAGCACCAAACCAUGUCUGGACUCUAGAGUAUGAAGACUCGGGGGGAACGACAAUUGCCAAAAUGACCAAAAUACCCAACACGAAGCUCACUCUUUUGGAGUGUGUGUACGGAGCAUACCGAACCAUGUAUUUCAAACAUUGAAAAAACGAGGGCUGCAAGAUUUGUGCUGAGGGAAUUAAAAACACGGCAUCGCAAUAAAACCCUAUUACCACAUGCACUGGCUACCUACCUACCUAGAAGUUGAAGUUGCAUUUGCAGUGAAUUUGUUGUUCUGGUCUGUCUGCAAUCAGCUGCCACUUGCUGCCUUUUUGCCAAGCAAUAGCAAGAAAGGCAGAAAGAGUGAAUCAGCACCGCACUUGCAGUCUUGCAGUCCGCGAGCCUGCAGCACUGCAGCAGCGCCUCACUCUUUCUACAUACCUGAGAUUGGCUCCUGCCUGUCCGCCAAGAUCUUCAAACACCUUACUUUGAUCUCGCCAAGUCCGACAUCCCAAAUCUUAUCAUCCCCUUUUUGCGCUUCAUCCGCCUUUGCCUACUUUCGCGCUGGAUUCCGUCCAUCUACGGCCUGCUUGGGUUUUCUUUUUGCUUGCCGCUGCCACUGCCUCACAUACACCAUCUGGCAUCCACCCCGCGUCUUGUCCUCCCUACCUACGGAUACAGGCUACAGGCUACCUUGCGGAUAAUACCCUUUUCGCAGGAAGCUUCCCGUCGUCUUCCCUGUCCACGGAGUAUUCCCAUUGCAGAUUGCAGAAACAACACGCACACCACACACACACACACACACACACACAAAGACCCCGAAAAACCACCUUAGACCACACACAUCAAUUGCACCUUAUUCUGCAACCUGCGGCCUUCCCUUGUUUCUCUCAGGCUCUUGGCCAUCCAUCACUCCGGCCCUUUCGCCCACCUGA